CAGACGGACAGAGACAGAACAGACGGAGCUGCACUUCCCCGGGGCCUGUGCACCCUCAACAUGCCCCGGGACCACCUCCUCCUCUGGCUGCUGAUGGAGCUCGGGCGUUUUUACCUGACCCCCGCCGACCCGGUGACCGUGGUCUCGGAGUACCUGGGCCGGACCGUGAGGCUGCCCUGCCAGCACUCGUCCUGGGACCCACGGAGCAACAGCAUGUGCUGGGGCAAGGGCGAGUGUCCCAAGUCCAAGUGCAGGGACGAGCUGGCGCACACGGACGGCACACGCGUGCUCUCCAGGGCCUCCGCCCGCUACAGCCUCCGGGGCCCCAUCUCGCGGGGCGACGUGUCCCUGACCAUCUCCAACACCCGGAGGAGCGACAACAGCGUGUACUGCUGCCGCAUCGAGGUGCCCGGCUGGUUCAACGACAUCAAGAGGAACAUCCAGCUGCAGCUGAAGGACCCCCCGCCACGCACGACCCGCCGGCCGAAGACCACCACGACCUCCAGCACGGCUCUGCUUCCCACCACCCGGGUGCCCACCCCCCACCUCACCACCGCAGCCCCGCCGCGGGCCAGCACGUGGGUCCCCACCGAGGCAACCACCUGUCCCCUGAGCGCAGAGAGCUCCCCGCCGGCCACGCCCCCGACCCUCGCCACGGAGCCGACCACGUCCACGACCCUCGCCACGAAGCCGGCCACGCCCACGACUCUCGCUACAGAGCUGGCCACGGAGCCAGCCACGGAAGGUACCACGUACACCGACGCGGAGAUGGCCCCAACCCCCGGGCGCCCGUGGAGCCCCUCAGCUGCCACUUCCGGAGCCCCGGAGCCCCAGACUUGGGUUCCCCCGUCCGGACCGGGGACAGCCACGCGGGACAUGGGUCACGUGUCCCAUGGGGCAGGAGUCUCAGAGAGCUCCGAGGGCCCAGAGGGAGUGGAGCAGAUCCAAAUGGCAGACCACCGGGACCUGCUCAUGGUCAUCGUCCCCUCUCUGGGCCUGCUGCUCUUCCUGGUCUUGCUUGGCGUUUUCCUUCGAGGGAAAAUCACAAAGACCAUCUGCAUCCAGAAACACAGCAGGCUGGAGGAGAGCAAGCGGGGCCUCGACGGCCUGCAGCACGGACGGGAAGACGAGGACGGCUUGUUCACGCUCUGAUGCCCGCCACGCCGCCCUGCUUUGUCAGGGGAGGGGGUGCCCCCCGUCCCCA